AUGCGAGAGCCCGGGACAGGAGAAGUUCUUCUGCUGCUUGCAGUAUCACCACUGAAGCGCUGUCCGCUAUCGAGUCGGGCUCAAGCUUCGACCACUUCCUGGGAUUUCGGGUUGAGAGCGAUGGCUGAGGAAGAGGAAGUCAAUCCGAAGGCCUAUCCCUUGGCCAAGGAGACGUUGACCGUCACUAUCCUGGAUUUGGUGCAGCAGGCAGCGAACUACAAGCAGCUAAAGAAGGGUGCCAACGAGGCCACGAAGACUCUGAACCGUGGCACCGCCGAACUUGUGAUCCUUGCCGCAGAUGCCGAGCCACUAGAGAUCCUUCUGCACUUGCCCCUGGUCUGUGAAGACAAGAACGUACCCUAUGUUUUCGUGAAGUCCAAGACGGCUUUGGGCCGAGCCUGCGGAGUCUCCAGGCCUGUGAUCUCCUGUUCGAUCACGUCCAAGGAAGGUUCUCAGCUCAACACGCAGAUACAGGACCUGAAAGACCAGAUCGAGAUGAUCCUCGUCUGA